GCGGGAGCGGCCGCUGCCUGAGCGCUUCCUGCCCGAGCCGGGCGGAUCCCACAAAGGGCUCGGCGGCGCGGCCUCCCCGCCCGCAGCCCCAGCCAUGGCCGGCAUCAGCUCCAUCGACGCCGUCAAGAAGAAGAUCCAAAGCCUGCAGCAGGUGGCCGACGAGGCGGAGGAGCGCGCCGAGCACCUGCAGCGGGAGGCCGAUGCCGAGCGGCAGGCCCGGGAGCGGGCUGAGGCUGAAGUGGCUUCUCUGAACCGCCGUAUCCAGCUGGUGGAGGAGGAGCUGGAUCGAGCCCAGGAGCGCCUGGCCACUGCCCUGCAGAAGCUGGAGGAGGCUGAGAAGGCAGCUGAUGAGAGCGAGAGAGGAAUGAAGGUCAUCGAAAACAGAGCCAUGAAAGAUGAGGAGAAGAUGGAGCUCCAGGAAAUGCAGCUGAAGGAGGCGAAGCAUAUAGCAGAGGAGGCUGACCGUAAAUAUGAGGAGGUUGCCCGCAAGCUGGUCGUCCUUGAGGGAGAGCUGGAACGCUCAGAGGAGAGGGCAGAGGUGGCAGAGAGCCGAGUGAGACAGUUGGAAGAAGAGCUGCGGACCAUGGACCAGAGUCGCAAAUCCCUCAUUGCCUCAGAGGAAGAGUAUUCCACCAAGGAGGACAAGUACGAGGAGGAAAUCAAGCUUCUAGGGGAAAAACUGAAGGAGGCUGAGACACGGGCAGAGUUUGCAGAGAGGUCUGUGGCGAAGCUGGAGAAAACCAUCGAUGAUCUAGAAGAGCGCUCCCGUCAGGAAGCCGAGAAAAACCGCAUUCUUACUAAUGAGCUGCGGGUCAUCCUUACCGACCUUAACAACUGAGCGGCCCGGAGCUCCCGGCCCCAGCCCAGCCUCCUGCACCAAGGCUGCUGCCGGGCCCCCUCUCCCUGCCCCGUUUCGGUCAGGCUGGCUUUGGGCCCGGGCCCCCUGCCCACUCCCCGCUGGGGAUGGAGCCUUGGCUUUUCCCCCCGGGGGCUACUGCCCUGCCUGGGUGGGGACAGGGAGCCCCUCUGGAGCAGAAAGGUUUUUCUUGGGAGAAGAAUGAGGGUUGUUUUUUUUUUUUGAUAUCCCAAGGACUCUCAUGUAGUCGUGGCCGUUCCUGGUAUCAGCCUGGCCCUGCCGGGGAGGGAUGCAGUGGUUUGUAUCAUUACCUUCCUCCCCUUAUCCCAGGAAUCAGCAGCCAGCUUCUUCUUCCUCACAGUGGUCACCCCAAACAGUGCAGGGAGAAUGCCCUGGGAGCAGGGUUCCCACAGGGUGCUGUGGAACUUACAUAGGGCUUACAUAGAAGCCACGGACCUGGCACCUUCCCCAUACGUGGGGGCAGGGGAGAGAGAAGAACCCAGCAGAGUGCUGGGAGAUGGGGCUGGGUGGGCAGAGCUCUCGUCCCAUCCCUAUCUCUAGAGGGAAGACAAGCUGCUGUUUGGAAGGGAAUGGCAGAGGAGGCUGCCUAAGCAGGAGGCUGCUGGCAGACCUCAUCUCUGCAGCCUCCUUAGUUGUGCUCCUGUCUCUCUGCUGUCCUCUUUUCAUGCCCUGCUGGGCUGCUGUCUCACUCCUUUCCUUCACGGAGCACCGCUGGGUCAUGCAGCAGGCACUGCCUCUCCUCUUUUGCUGGCCAAAGGCUUGUGAACGUGCCCUCAGCCAGAUAGUGGUGAUGCCCCAGGGCAGGACAUGCUGGUGGCUGGCCAAGGAAUGGUACCUGCCCUGCGGAAGGCCUGGCCACGGGCAGCCAGGCACCAUGUGAGGAUGGAAAAGCUGAGGAGAGGGGAUCAUCUGUCUCCUGUGACCAGCCUGGCUGACCCGGCUGGUCCUGGAGAGGCUGGGAUCACCCUUGCCAGAGAUGAGGCUGCAUGUGUGGACUCUGCUCCGUAAGGAUGUCCUGCUGGGCUGGAGGCUGAAGCUGUACUGAAAUGUCCAUCCAUGUGCGUGUGUCUGUGCUUGGUGUGGUGUGCGUGUGUCCGGCUGUGCCUGGGUACGUUUGGGCUGUUCCUGUGUGCGUGGCUGUGUGUCCCUUGUG